GCCACAGAAGAAAGAAGAGCAUAGAAACAAAGACGUGGAGGUUUAAAAGGCCAUCUUACUCUCAACUUCCACACUCUGCGGCCUUAUCUCCUUUCUUGCCGCUCCCUCCUCUAUCCUCUCAAACCCAAACCCUUCCAUUCCAACACCAAAUGGCUUCCAUUUCCGGUGCCAUUGGAACUCCUCCCUCUCUUCAAAUUCCCAAAACCCCAGCCUCCUUUUCACUCCACAACACUUCCCGUUUCAACACCCUUCUCCGUCUCCGUCCCAACCACAAAACCCCCGCCGUUUCUUUCGUUAUCUCCGCUAUUGCCUCUCCCAACACUUCCACUCUCACCGCUCAAGAAGCCUUCAAGGGUUUUAACGUUGAUGACGGCUCUAAUGACCAACUCAACAACCUCCCUGUUGCCGUCAGCAAAGACGAACUCGACGUUUCCAAACUCGGUUUUCCUUCUCGGCUUGUGGACUCCCUCCGAAGACGAGGAAUUACCAGUCUCUUCCCUAUUCAGAGAGCCGUGUUGCUGCCUGCAAUGGAAGGUAGAGACAUCAUUGCUCGUGCAAGGACUGGGACUGGGAAGACACUAGCAUUUGGAAUUCCAAUUAUCAAGGGUCUCACUGAGAAUGAAGAAAGCACCAUGAGGCGGGGGCGGCUUCCUAAAGUACUGGUCCUUGCACCAACUAGGGAGUUAGCAAAGCAAGUCGAGAAGGAGAUACAGGAAUCUGCACCUUUUCUGAACACUGUUUGUGUUUAUGGUGGUGUUUCUUAUGAUAUUCAGAGGAAUGCGCUUUCACGUGGUGUUGAUGUUGUGGUUGGAACACCUGGGAGACUAAUUGACUUGAUAAAUGGGAAAAGCCUUAGACUUAAUGAAAUUCAGUAUUUGGUACUUGAUGAGGCCGAUCAGAUGCUUGCUGUUGGGUUUGAGGAGGAUGUGGAAUUGAUUUUAGAAAAGAUCCCUUCUCAGCGGCAGAUCAUGCUUUUCUCUGCAACCAUGCCGGGUUGGGUGAAGAAGUUGUCAAGAAAACAUUUGAACAAUCCUUUGACUAUUGAUUUGGUCGGUGAUAGAGAAGAAAAGCUUGCUGAGGGAAUCAAACUUUAUGCUGUAUCAGCCACUGCAUCAUCAAAGCGGAGAAUUCUUUAUGGUCUUAUAAAUGAAUAUGGAAAGGGUGGGAAGACUAUUGUUUUCACACGGACAAAAAGGGAUGCUGAUGAAAUAGCACUGUCAUUAUCAAAUAGUAUACCUUCUAAAGCACUGCAUGGUGAUAUCUCUCAGUAUCAGAGAGAGAAAACAUUGAACGGUUUUCGGCAAGGGAGAUUCACAGUGCUUGUUGCUACUGACGUUGCUUCUCGUGGACUAGAUAUUCCCAAUGUUGAUUUGAUUAUACAUUAUGAACUUCCCGAUGGUCCCGAGACUUUUGUUCACCGCUCUGGUCGUACAGGACGUGCUGGAAAAGAGGGUGCUGCUGUAGUAAUGUACACCGCUACCCAGAAAAGAACUGUUAUGUCCUUUGAGCGUGACAUAGGCUCCAGGUUUGAAUUUAUUAGUCCACCACCUAUGCAAGAUUUACCAGAAUUACCUACCAGGCUAGGUGUUGAUACACUCGAUAGAGAUAGAAGUAUUCGGAGAGGUUCUAGGGAUCAGAGAGGUUAUAGAACUGGUGGGGAUGACUGGUCAAGUGGUGUUAGACGAUCAGGUGGGGAUGACUGGUCAAGUGGAGGUAGGCGAUCAGGUGGGGAUGACUGGUCAAGUGGAGGUAGGCGAUCAGGUGGGGAUGACUGGUCAAGUGGAGGUAGGCGAUCAGGUGGAGAUGACUGGUCAAGUGGAGGUAGGCGAUCAGGUGGGAAUGACUUUUUAAGUGGAGGUAGACGGUCAAGCGGAUAUUCGUUAUCAAACAGAACUUCAUCGCCAAACAGAUCUUCAUCGCCAAACAGAUAUUCAUCGCCAAACGGAGGGGCUUGUUUUAAUUGCGGAGAAUCAGGGCAUCGGGCGUCAGAGUGUCCCAGUAAACGAGACUUAUUUUAGUUGGAACAUGUUCAACUUUGGUUUCACCUUGUCCUAGAAUUGAGCUGCCAUUGGUGAUGGCCUAAAAGGUUCAAGAAAUUGAAUGCGCUGUCUGAAAGAUCUACAGAAUCAAAGCUGCAUUUACAACAUCUUUCCUAUUUGGUUAUAUCCACUCCCCAUAGAAGUUCCCGCUUUUGAUCUCAGCUUUUUUUUUUCUGUCCUUUUUUUUCUCAUUGUUGUAAAAUCGAUUGAUCGGUUGUGUUGCGGCAGUGAUAUUCUGCCAGAAUGUUAACUGUAUGAUGCUAACUUAUCUGUAUGUCCGCCAUGUUUAUCACCGGCUUGAACCUCCACAUUUCAAAAAAGACAGGAGUAGUUAUAUAGAAAUGCCUUCUUAUUACUAUCCCCA